CCGGCUUCCGCGUUUCGCUACGCCUCGCGACUCUGUCCUUCCUCAUCGGAUCGUUCGCUAAAAACCCUAGCGAUCCUUUCAAACCCUCUCGAGUUCGAUUUCCGCUCCCCCCCACCAUCGAAAACCCUAAACCCUAAUGCAGCGCUCCAAAUUUAAGAAAUCGCUCCCCAGGAAGCAGCGGCGGCUCUCUGAGGCUCGCGAGAUCGAGCUUUUGGACUCACGGAUCGAGGCCAUGAAACCCGACUCCGGCACCAACCCCCUCUCCAUCCCUCCGCCGCCCCCCACCGCACCCGUCGGCCGGAUCCCCGGCGGCUUCUCGCCGUACGCCGGGUGCAAGCUCUUCCGCCAGCUUCCUAUCUCCCAGAAGACCAAGGACGGGCUGGCGCCCAAGUACACCGAGAUGAGCGAGAUCCAGCGCGCGUCGCUGCCCCACUCGCUGUGUGGUCGCGACAUCCUCGGAGCCGCCAAGACCGGCUCUGGAAAAACACUAGCUUUCAUCAUCCCUAUUAUAGAGAAGUUAUACAGAGCAAGAUGGGGUCCUGAAGAUGGUGUUGGGAGCAUCAUAAUAUCACCUACAAAAGAAUUGGCUGGACAACUUUUCGAGGAGUUGAAAACUGUAGGGAAACACCACGGUCUGAGUGCAGGUCUUUUAAUUGGUGGCCGUAAAGAUGUUGAUGAAGAGAAACAACGUGUUAAUAGUCUAAACAUUUUGGUGUGUACCCCUGGUCGACUCCUCCAGCACAUGGACGAGACCCCAAAUUUUGAAUGUUCGCAGCUCCAGGUUUUGGUUCUUGAUGAGGCAGAUCGUAUUCUUGAUGCGGGUUUUAAGAAGGAACUUGAUGCAAUCAUCUCUCAACUUCCCAAACAAAGGCAAACCUUGCUUUUCUCUGCAACCCAAACAAAGUCUGUUAAAGACUUGGCAAGGCUCAGUUUAAAAGACCCAGAGUAUAUCAGUGUGCAUGCAGAAUCCAUGACAGCAACACCUGAGCGACUAAAACAGAUAGCUAUGAUAGUUCCACUUGACCAGAAGUUAAAUAUGCUCUGGAGCUUCAUCAAAGCAAAUGUUCACUCAAAGAUACUUGUCUUUCUUUCGAGCUGCAAGCAGGUUAAAUUUGUCUACGAAGCAUUCAAGAAGCUUCGCCCUGGAAUCCCUUUGAAAUGUCUGCAUGGACGGAUGAAGCAAAAUGUAAGGAUGGCAAUAUAUUUAGAGUUUUGUGAAAAAACCUCCGUUCUCUUUUCCACUGAUGUGGCAUCUAGAGGACUCGAUUUCCCAGCAGUCAAUUGGGUUGUCCAGGUUGACUGCCCGGAAGACAUUCCAGCAUACAUUCACAGAGUUGGCCGCACUGCCCGCUUUACCAGUGAGGGAAAGUCAGUAUUAUUCCUCUUGCCAUCAGAAAAGGAAAUGUUCACAAAGUUACAAGCAGUUGAACCUAAAAUACCAAUUCAACUGAAAAAGCCAAAAACAGAAAAAUUACAAUCAAUAUCUGAACUAUUGUCAUCAUUGCUGGUUAAGUAUCCUGAUAUGCAACAUCUAGCAAAAAGGACAUUUAUCACAUACCUGAAGUCUAUACAUUUGCAACGGGACAAAGAGGUCUUUGAUGUGUCCAAAUUGCCUAUAGAAGAGUUUGCUGCAUCUUUGGGUCUACCCAUGACCCCAAAGAUCCGCUUCAUAAGUCAGAAACAGACAAAGCAAAAACCAUCCGUAGAAACCAUUCAUGAACAAGAGAAUGGAUCCAAGGUUGUGAACAGAGAAAUGCAAAGUAUUGAUAGAUCAAAUAUGGAAAUAGAAGAUGAUGUCCUUUUGCCAAAGGAAACCUCCUUGAUAGAUGCGGAGGGAAACAAACCAGCAGAUUUAGCCACCAGGGUCUUGAAAAAGAAGAAGCUGAAGAUCAAUGUGCAUAGGCCACUUGGAACGAGGGUCAAAUAUGAUGAGGAGGGAAAUGUAAUCCCCCCACUAGCUGUCUUGGCUGAUAUGGAUAGUGGAGAUGGGGCCCUUCACCCUGAUAAAGUUAAAGAGCGAUACGCAAAGUUGAGAGAAGAAAUGAAAGUGCGGGACAAAGAGGACAAACUUCUGCACCAGCAGCGUCUGCGUGAUAGACGAACAAAGGAGAAGAUAAAGCUGAAGAGAUGGAGGGAAGGUGAAGAAGAGGACAUGGAAGAUGGUCAGUCAGAAUCAGAUGAUACUGAAAAAAGAAAGCCCAAGAGAUCAAAGAUAUAUUUUGAUAGUGAUGAUGAUGGUGGUGGGAAGAAGGGAAAAGAGAAUGUGGGUGUCGGUGCAGAUUCUAUAUCGCUAGCAGAGCAGGAAGCCCUGGCACUCAAGCUGUUGAGUUCCAUGCAUUCCUAACCAAGUGUCACUUAAAUCGAAUCUGCUGCUUUGUAGCAUUAUCUACUUUUAAAAUGAUGAAGAGGACACAAAGGAUGGUCAGUGAGGAUCAGAUGAUACUGAAAAGGGAAAGCCCAAGAGAUCAAAGAUAUAUUUUGGUAGUGAUGAUGAUGGUGGUGGGAAGGAGGGAAAAGAGAAUAUUGGUGUCACUGCAGAUUCUAUAUCUAUAGCAGAGCAGGAAGCCCUGGCACUCAAGCUGUUGAGUUCCAUGCAUUCCUAACCAAGUGUUACUUAAAUCGAGUAUGCUGCUUCGUAGCAUUAUUUUCUUUUAAAUUGAGGAGUGGAAUUCCAUCUUUCUGCUGCUUGAAAAUUUUCUGGUGAUCAUUAUUUAUUUGAGCUAGGUUUUUGAACUUUUGCUCACUUGCAUGCUCACCAGCCGAAAGGAAUUUCCUCGAAAAGUUGUUUUAAGGUACUUGAAACUACUUGCUUCAGUAUAGGUUGGAGAGUGCGGCCAUCAAAGCAGCUUUAAAUGUUUUGCUUUUCAAUGAAACAUCAGCUCAAUUGUGGAUCUGUUCAUAUCUAUGUGUAUACCAUAGGAUGUGAUUUGAACUUUUA